AUGAAGUUAGCAGGUGCAGGGUGCAGGUGCAGGAAGUUGUCGGGUGAAUGGAGCAUUUUGGUGGGAAGAUGUGAAGUGAGGAGGGAGGGGAACAGAAGGAGAAAAAAUGCAAUGAAGUGUAACACUGCCAACACCACCGCGCCUGGGGCAAUGGCCUUGGCAUGGUAUCGGCAUUCCCGUGACAGCAAUAGAAGCUGGAAGUGGUUCAAUCAACUAGCCAAAACGGGUCUCCCUCUGUGGAUGCUUGGUUUCGGUGCGGACCUCUUGUGGGCCGACAUGAACCGUCUACUUGCUUUUCUUUUCCACCAGGGAGUGUUGGAUGAGCAAUUUUUGCAGCUGCAACAGCUGCAAGAUGAAGCCUCCCCCAACUUCGUCUCUGAGGUCGUCAACAUUUAUUUCCAUGAGUCCGAGAAGCUACUCACCAGUCUCAGAGGAUUGUUAAUGGAGAGGGAGUUAUCGGACUACAAGAAAAUGGGAAUCCAUUUGAAUCAGUUCAUGGGUAGCAGCUCAAGCAUCGGUGCCAAGAGAGUCACAAACAUUUGCGUUGCCUUUCGUGCUGCUACUGACCAGAGCAACCGUGCAGGAUGCUUGCGAGCGUUGGAGAUGCUGGAGCAUGAGUAUUGCUAUCUGAAGAACAAAUUGCAUGAAUUGUUCCAAUUUAGUUUAUACCCUAUAUUUAUAUGGUUGUAUGCAGAUAGAGCAGCAACGUGCUUUGGUAGCAGGAGUGAGGUACCCUGUGCAGAAUCAAUAAUGCAAAUGAAUUGGUGGAACAAACAUGUGGAUGAUUCUGUCUUUCCUUGUGGCCUUUGCUUUUCUCUGCUUUUUCUUCUCUUUUGUAGCUUUGCAACGCUAAAGGCACACCUUUCUAGCUAG